CCCAAGACGCAUUCUCACCCGAACCAGCCGCUGUCCUGCUUGGAGCCGACUGGGUGAGCUUGUGUGGAUCCGGUUUGAAAAUGCUCGGGAUCUCAGGAUUUCGGCCUCAUGGAAGUUUCCUCGUAAAGCCGGCCUCCCUUCGCGUUUCCGGUUGUCGGCAGCAUCUUCCGUCAGGCACGACUAGAUUGAUGCCAUGGGAUGUGGCCCCGCAGUGCUGGGUUCCCAGCCCCCCUUGGCACACGUGUGCCUCUGCUCCCCGCCAACUGCUACCUUUAGCAGCUGUUCAUGGGCCUGCUGUGAACUUGCUAAUGACGAAGGGCAUAGGGCCGGUUCUCACACCAGAGAUGGCUGGGUGAACGACACGCCGUUUUGCCUGCCGUUGAACGAACGAACUAGACUUCCACAGACACAGCUGGAGCUCUUACCAAGUACAGCUAUCUACGGUCGGCGCCGCCCAACCCCGCAUGCCCCGCCCUAUUCACAAGUCGCGAGAACCACGGCACACGACACCAGCAAUCGUAGUCGUGCCACUUGUGCAGCCCGGGUG